UUAAACCGUGCAAAGGUUGAACUACUCGAUUCACACGAACGUCAGCGUGUUAGUCGUGAUGAUUACCAGAAAGUAAAUCCACCCAGAUUCGACAAGUGUGAAGACAUGUCAAGCAUGUCGUGCUUAAACGAGGCUUCCGUUCUACAUAACCUUAGACAGGCGACAUAUUCUGGGCUGUUUUGUGUGGUUGUAAAUCCAUAUAAACGACUUCCGAUCUAUACUGAUUCCAUCGCUGAACAAUACAAGGGAAAGAAAAGGAAGGAGAUGCCACCGCAUAUUUUUGCGGUAACUGACGAAGCGUAUCGCAAUAUGCUACAGGAUCGAGAAGAUCAAUCCAUCCUUUGCACAGGAGAGUCAGGUGCCGGCAAAACAGAGAACACUAAGAAGGUGAUCCAAUACCUUGCUCAUGUCGCCGCACCGAGGUCGAGUAACAGUAAGGGUCGUCUAGAAGAGCAGCUCCUGCAAGCGAAUCCGAUCUUAGAGGCUUUUGGUAACAGCAAAACGAUCAAGAACGACAACUCAUCUCGU